AUGGCUCAUGUUGUUCCACUACCAAUUCCCUGCCCAGUCCAGCUUGGAAGUAUAAAGGGUGACUCCAUGGAAGCGGAGCUGCAUGAGUAUGUCAGGCAAGGAAACUAUGUCAAAGUGAAGAAGCUUCUGAAAAAAGGUGUUUUUGUUGAUGCUGUCAAUUCCAUGGGACAAACUUCUCUCUUCACGGCUGCAUUGCUGGGUCUGGGUAAAAUAGUGGAUGUGCUGUUGCAUUAUGGCUCAAAUGCUAAUCAUCGCUGUUAUGAUGGGAGCACCCCAGUCCAUGCAGCUGCCUUCUCAGGAAAUCAGUGGGUUCUUAGCAAGUUACUGGAUGCAGGAGGUGAUCUGAGAGUACAUGAUGAAGAUGGAAAAACUCCUCAGUACUGGGCUAUGUCAGCUGGAAAAGAAAGCAGUGCUCAGAUGCUGGAAUUUAUACAGCGUUGUACACUCUACAUGCAGGCUGCCAUUCAAAAUUUUCCCUCUGAUCUACUCAGGAAGGUUGGCUCAUCAAAAGCCCUGAUCUGCUGUCCAUCUAGGUUUGGUGGCCUUGUUCAAGGAAAUGUGGACAGUCCUCUGGGUAAAUUUCUAAAAGGUGGAGCCAGUGCAGCCAAGAACGUUUACAGCUUUGGUUUUGGGAAGUUUUAUCUUGCAGGCAGUGGGCAUCUGGGGUACUUGUCAUCUCUCCCUAUUAUUGGGGAAAAAGAUGUGGUUCAGGCAGAUGAUGAACCAGCAUUUUCUUACCAUGUUGGACCAUACAUGAUGAUGACAAACUUAAUGUGGGGAAGCAGCAGAGUUACAGUGAAAGAACUCAGCUUUGAGCCCCACCAGAACUGCAGUAAACUGCGCUUAGCUGAUCUUCUCAUUGCAGAGCAGGAGCACAGUAGUAAACUCCGUCAUCCUCAUCUGCUGCAGCUGAUGUCUGUCUGUCUGUCUAGGGACUUGGAGAAAACCCGUUUAGUGUAUGAACGAGUCAAUGUUGGCUCUCUGUACAGCAUCCUUCAUGAAAGGCGUACAGAAUUCCCAGUGCUGCACAUGGAGACGCUCUUGCACAUGCUGCUUCAGGUCAGCGACGCUCUGCGCUUCCUGCACUCCCAUGGCUUUAUCCACCGUUCACUUACCUCCUAUGCUGUUCAGAUGCUUUCUUCUGGGGUGGCAAAGCUAUGCAACUUGGAAUACAUGAUAGAGAGCAAAGAUGGUGGAGCACACAGUGAUCUGACACGUGUUCCUGUCCCAGUCCAGCUCUACAGGUGGUGCUCUCCUGAAGUAAUCCUUGAAAAAGCUGUCACAGUCAAAUCAGAUAUUUACAGCUUCUGUGUGCUAAUGCAGGAAGCCUUGACAGAGACCCCUCCAUGGAAAGGCCUUGAAGACUCAGUUAUUAAGCAACUGAUUAUUUCAGGACAACAGUUAGAAGCAGAUGCCAGACUUCCUAUGCCCUAUUAUGAUAUCACAAGGUCAGGGCUAGAGCCUAAACAGAAGAACCGCUCCAUGAAACUUCAGGACAUUCAAUAUAAGAUGAAAAAUGACUUAAAGGACAUAGCCAAGUCUCAGACUGGUAGUGCUGAUGAACUGUCAAAAGCACAAAGACGUGCUGUUUUUGCAGAUGUGAACAUCUGUUUGGCUUCAGCUUUUAGUUACCAGAAGAGAACACAGACACUGCAGGAAAAGGAGAUAGCUGAGGCUGACAGCUUUACUGCCCCAAGAUACUCUCCUUCUCCUGAGGAGAGCAGUGCUUUAGUGGACCAAGAGGCAUCCACCAGUCUACAGCCUGUUGCACAAGACAGAAUCAGUGAUGCAGUUCCUGAACUGGAAGUGACCCCCAGUGUCAGUGAUGUAGAUGACAGCCUCUGUAGCUUUGAAAUCAAUGAAAUCUUUGCCAGUUUUUCAGAACUUCAAGAAGAAUUACUGGAAGAAGGAGCUGGAUCAGGUCAGACAACAAAGGAUGAAAAAAGGCAGCAAAAGGAAGAGGAACUUCCUGCAUCCCCUGGAGGGCACUGUGAGGAAAAGCCAGUUUAUGAGGAAGGUGGCUCUCCAGAGUCAAGUUCAGAGUACACUACAGAAGAGGAGGAAGCAGUGAGUGAGGCCUCUGACCUGUCCAUACUGGCACAGGUGAGCAGAGGUGCUGGGAGAAGAACUAUGACUGUGUCCCCAACUGACCAGUACAUCAGCAAGUGUGUCCUUAACGUAAAGAUUGGCCAGAGCAUGUUGCAGGAAGCAUCAGAUGCCUUGUGCAGAACCCAGGAGAUACUGGAUAGAGAGGAAGCCACCAGAAAGCAAAAGAAACUGCUUCAGGAAAUCAAAAAGAAUCAGCUUACUAAACAGGUUUUUCAGGAAACACACUGGAACAGAUCUGAUGGCACUUCUCAAAGUACCAAUGAGCCUUUCUCUGGAGAGAAUACUUUUUUAUGGAAGGCUAUAGGUCCACCAUUAAGUGACUAUAUUCCACCAUUAAUAGCAUGUCAGGCACAAGGAGCAUUGGGGGGAAACAGUUGCCAAGCUGCUUCAAAGACAGCAAAGGAAAUUGAGGCAAUUCCAAAUGAAAAGUGGGAGUGCUUGCAUGAGAUGAAGAAGAGUAAAAAUGAAAACCGUCAUGAUCUCAGCUUCAGCAUGGUGAAAAGCCUGGAUGAUCAAAUGAGUCUAAACCAUGAGCAUUUACUCCCACAUGUAUCUGUAAGAUGCAAAAAAAAGUUCAACUUGCAGUGUCAGAGAGGAGGUGAUUCACAUUCUGCAGCAAGUGGAAGUGAAGAGGAGAGGUGCUAUGCAAGCUCAGGGUCUGAAAUUCAGAGUGCAAAAAGGAGUGAGGAGAGAAGGAUGAUGCAAUCAAAAUGGAGGACUGAAGUAAAGCAAAUGGCCAGAAGAGUGGCCUCAGGACAACUAGAACUUGGCUCUCCACAUCCAGCAAAUGAAUGUACAUCUGAAAGUGAAGCAGAGAGUGUAAAGGAAGCCUUCCAGCAUGUGACUGUGAGACGCCAAAACAGUCAAGGCCAGCAAAGAUAUAGGUGGCAGACAGGUGGUAAUGUUGAGCCUUGUAAUCUAGUCAGUGAGCAUAGAUCUGAAUCUGAGGAGAGUGAUUUAGAGUCUACAUGUAGAAGUUCUGGAGGGAGAAGUUGCUGGUCGCCAUCGCAGGAUGAAGAAGCAGAGUCUGGAAUAGCCAUUCCUAAGGAUUCAGUCUUUCCUCAACAAGCUGAAAAUCUCUCUAGAACCUUGGAUGCUGAGGACAAAUUGGAAGAUGCUUGUGAAGGAUUUUUACAGAAACAGUUGCCUGAAGAUGCAGGAUUAGGUACUCAGGGUUCAGGAGGAAAAAUCCUGUCCUGCAGCGCAGUGGCGCAGAACUCCGGCAGCAGCGUGCUAGGAGUGGAACAACUCAGCCAUAUGCCUGUAGCCAGUGUUAAAGCAGCAGAAGAAGUGACACCGUGGGAGCCACAGGAAGAAUGCAAAGAGCUUGAUGUAUCAGUGACAGAUAUUCAGGAUUUGUCAAGUAUCCACUGUGAGCAGGAGAACUACUACAGGGAUGUGGAUUGCAAAACUCCCAGAGUCAGUCAUGCACCAACAAGCAUCAGCACUCCACUUGGCUCAGAAGACAAAAUUCCAAUGGCCUUUGAGAAAUACAAACACUGCCAUGAAGUAGCUUCAGAUGCUUCCUUUUGUGAUUCUCAAGACAUCUCCUCCACCGUGUCCAAGACCUUUGCUACAGCCUAUGAGGAGAAAAGGAGCACUGACAUUCCCUCAGUUGCUUCAGGAGUUUGCUCACCUGACCUGAAUGAGCCAGAUGGGCUGCCAGUAAUUACUUCACCCUCAAGAAGCACCAGGAAGGCAUCAGCACUCUCCCAGGCAUCUAACCACUUCAUUCAUGAGCUGCCUCCACCAGCCCAAGAGAUACUGGAUGAAAUUGAACAUUUAAAGCAGCAAGAUUCCAGAGCUGAAGACUUGAAAGAGGAGAGAUUACAUGAUUGUGGAGUGCAAAUAAAUGCUCCUGAUCAAAUUAAAAUGGAAGACAGAGAGUCAGAAGAAGAAUCUGAGAGAAACGAGAAGAGAAAUCACAGUUCAGGGACUAAGGAGUCAUUUAAUCUAGCAGAGGAAACAGAAAGGGCUCACUCUACCCUUGAUGAUGUUUUAGAAAGAAUGCUUCAUACAGUUCCUGGAGAUGAAGAGAUGGAACAACAUCCCCAGGGACACACUCUUGGGGCUGCAAGCCUGCAAGACCUAGAAGAUGUUGGAAAGAAGAAGAAAGUAGAGGAAGGUGGAGCCGGGGCCAGAGGCAGAGCACCAGCAAGCUGUGCAGGGAGCUCAGAAGACACACAUCCUGAAGGUCAGAAAUCCCACUUACAGCAACGGCUGCCUUCAUCUGCACCAUUCAGGAUAAUUGUUUUGGAUCAGAGCUCUCCUGAGUGA